AUGAAUAAUCAUUUACUAUCUCAUUUAAUUAGAGAUUCAACAGAAUCAAGUAGCGAAAGUGAUUUCAAUAAUUCAACAGAAUCAAGUAGCGAAAGUAAUUCCAAUAAUUCAACAGAAUCAUCUAGUGAAGAUGAACAAAUUAUAAAUAUUUCCAAUUUUUGGUAUAGAAAUAUUCUUUUUAAAUAUGAUGAAAAAAGAUUUCGAAUAGCAUUACGAAUGAAUAAGCAAACUUUUUGGAAAAUUAUAGAUAUGAUUAAGAAUAAUUUAGUUUUUAAUAGUCGUCAAAGGCCAAUUGAAUUACAACUUUCUGUUGUUUUAUUUUUAUUAGGUAGAAAAUCUACUAUCUGGGACAUUGCAACAAGAUUUGAAGGAUUUCCUAAUGUAAUUGGUAUUAUUGAUGGUACUCAUAUUUACUUGUUCGAAGCUCCUAAUAAACCAAACAAAGAUGUAUAUAUUAAUAGAAAACGACGAUAUGCUAUUCAUGUACAAGGUGUUGUAGACCAUUUAGGCCAAUUUAUUAAUUAUGAUAUUGGAUGGCCAGCAUCUGUACAUGAUGCUAAAGCAUUUGGUAGAUUAAAAAAUCUAUUUCAAUUUUUAAAAGAAAUAAGAACUAAUGAUACUAAACUUGCUACCAAAUUUAUAGACAUAGCACUAAUUCUUCAUAAUAUAGUAGAAAGAAAUAAUGAUAUUUGGAUAUUACCUCUAAGAACACGAUCAGAAUCAAGAGAUGUAAUAAGAUUUGUAGAUAGUCAGAAUCGUAGACGUCAAAUAGAAAAAAGAGAAGGUAUGAUAAAAAGGCAAAAUUUAAUGAAUAUUGUUCUUUAA